AUGCCCGGCUCACUUGCUGAAUAUCUAGCAAAGAACUAUCUUACUGCAGAUCCAGCUAUCGAGCGACCAAAGAAGAAGCGCAAGAAGACCAAAGCCAUCGACACCGCAAGCUCCGGCCUCAUCAUUGCCGACGAUGACCCACCGGACAUCCGCUCCACGUUAGGAGUUCAGAAUCAGGACGAUGAGGAUAGACCCUACUUCGAGACAUCAGCCAACACAGCAGAAUUCCGCCGCACCAAGAAGUCAAACUGGAAGACGAUCGGAGGACCCGCGCCCGGUCAAGGCGGAAGUGAACAAGCAGCCGCCGAUGCAAUCCUCGCCGAUGCAGCCGCCGAACGAGCCGCUCAGCAAGAUGCCGAUGACGACGAAGCGCCUAUGAUAGAAGAUGAGGACGACGGCGCAGGACGCAUGGAGUCCGGAGCCCGAGCAGGCCUCCAAACAGCAGCCCAGACCGCCGCGAUGGUGAAAGCCCAAGAAAAGCGACGCAAAGCCGAAGAAGCACAGUUCCGGGACCCCGCCGCAGCGAAAGAAAAGACACAAGAAACCAUUUAUCGAGACGCAUCUGGUCGAAUCAUCAAUGUAGCCAUGAAACGCGCCGAAGCCCGGCGGGCGGAAGAAGAAAAGCGCGUUCAAGAAGAAAAAGCACGCGAGGCCCUCAUGGGUGAUGUGCAGCUGAAGCAGCGCGAGGCGCGACGACAGGAAUUACAAGAUAUCAAGGCCAUGCCGGUUGCCCGCACGAUCGAAGACGAGGAUAUAAAUGAGGAGAUGCGGGCGCGUGAUCGGUGGAAUGAUCCUGCUGCAGAGUUCCUGACUGCCCGUCGCGAGAAGGGUGCUAGUAUGACAGGACGGCCGCUCUAUCAGGGUGCCUUCCAGCCGAAUCGGUAUGGGAUUCGGCCGGGACAUCGGUGGGAUGGGGUGGACCGUGGAAAUGGGUUUGAGAAGGAUUGGUUCGCAGCGCGGAAUAAGAAGAGUCGGCUUGCGACUUUGGAAUACCAGUGGCAGAUGGAUGAGUAG